CACCCUUCACCCUGGGCCUUUUCACAUGGAGAGUGGGCUCUCAUCAAAGUCAUGGUGGCAUCUGGUGUCCUGGCCUUGCCCAGGGCAUGCCGAGGUCAGCUUCGCAUUGGCCAGAGGUGUUCGUUCCCUCCAGCAUAUUCCCUUGACAAGAAAAGCAAUCUGUUCUUACUCAUCCUGUCUCCGACACCGAGAGGCCUCCUCUCCUGCCAUUUCCAUUCCUAGCUGGAUGCAUGCCUCUGCCCGUAAAAUCCAAAGGGAAAAUGGGAAUCCCACAUGUUCUGAGGCGAGAAGAAAGUAUGCAGGGGAAUGCCAACUCCUGGGUUGAAAUGCUUCCUUGAUGCUGCCCCAGUCUCCUUCUCCACUCCUGUUUUUUGCUCACAAUUUUUCAAGGAAAAUUAGAUCCUGGAUACAAAGGGAAGAGGGCUGCUGCUCUUCCAUCUAAAUAAGUUGAUGACUGGGAAGAUUUGGCUUUUGAGGAGUAUAUAAAAUUUCCUUCCAGAAAAGUACCUAAGAGUCUCAUCCUCUCCCUUCCUGUUUCUUGUUCAGUUCUGAGUCUCCGGAACCUUGUGUUAAAGUUUUCUUUCAUAAGCUAGGGAAUUAUCAAAGUCCAGAAUCUUCAGAAAAGGCAGGAAAAGGGUACCAGGAAAUCCUCCCUGUGAAGCCUGGACUGUUUUUAGGGGAGGUCACUAGCUGGGUGUCUGCUUUCCUUCCUCGCCAUUAGCAGAUACCCUAUCUUCUUUCUCACAGCAAGGCCAAGUUGUGAAGGAGGCUUCAUCUGACUUGGGUUUUCAUAUUUUCUCCUCUCUCUGGGGCAUGGGUGAGGUCUGCCUAAGUUCCUGAGUACAGUCACUUGUCCUGGAAGUUACCUGUUCAUGUGGUAUAUGAGAUAGGGCACAGCUUUGUGUGGCUGUGCUGUAGGACAACAUGCAUAUACUUCUUAAUUCAGGUGAGUGUGGCUCUCUCUGUUUCGAGUGGGUAUGUGUGUGGAGACAGGUACUUAACGUGUUUUUCAGACUAUACUUCGGUUACCUAGAAUUGUAUGUUUCUGGUGAGCUUUUAGAAGCAGGUGCCCUUGUGCAAGGACAUGGAGAGGUGGUGGUAAGGAUGCCCACCUGAGGAGAAAGGCUCGGCCUCCCCCAGCCAGUGGGAGCACUCAUGACUGUCUACAGGACAGUCCUUUAAGCAGCAGGGAAGCCCAGUCUCAGAUUGGGAUCAUUUCUUCUAGGACCAAUAAGAGAGCUUCACUGCUGAUACCUCUAGUCUCAAAAGGAUGAAGAUCCUUGACUCCUAACUCCGGAACUCCCUCCCCUACCUUUUACAAAAGAGGCCACUCUAGUUAACAGCAGCCUGUUUCUUUCAAAGUACUUCACCAGAUGCUGGCGUGCACCUGCCUGAUGGCUCAGGGUGAACGGGAUCCCACCUCUAAGUACACCACGUCCAUGCAGUUUAACUGGCGCUGCACUGAGUUCCCAACCCUCCUUGCCUCUUGAAUCAGUUAGAAGCAGAUGGCUACUGGGUGGGAUUAACUGUGGUUUACGGAGUGUGCUUUCCCAAACCAUGCCUUAAACCUAGUUCUCCUGGAAGAUAAGAAAUGAUGGUCCCUCCUUCCUUAAUUCUUGGAGUCUUCCUGAUCCUAGCAUUAGCCAAUACUGGAUGAUAUUAUCUCCAAAGGAAUCGUUUGAGAGUCUGACAUCCUGAAACCCACUGCAGACUCGGAGCAGGCUUUGUAAUACAAACCACUGCAGGCUUGCAGCUUCCACUCCUAUCUCUAUAGUCUGUCAGUUUGCUAAUUUUUAAUUUCUAGUGUUCUCUUUUUUUCCCCCAGUCAAAAACUAUAGCUACAGUUAAAUAGCCCUUAGUAAGUGCUCAAAAAAAUGUUAACUGAAGGUAAUCCUUGCAACAUAGUGGAGCUGUGAUUGAAACCUGGGCAGCCUGACUCCUCAUGUGCUACACCUAGCCACUGCCGUCUUCGUUCUGACAUUCUGUACAGGGCAGGAAGUUAUCACACUUUAAUACCUGACAUUGGCAUUAGAACAAUUAGUGGCCUUUCAGAUAAAAUGGGAAGAAAACUGAGUCUGUUAUUGUGGAUCUUACAUGUUGCAUCCAGGAGCGGUCUUUCACUCCCAGAAUGUCUGUCUGUCUGUUUUUCUCUGCCUUUCUCCCAGUUCUGUAGUCUUCAUUAGACGGCCCGUGGAUGUGAUGGAGCCUGCCCUUUGGCUGCCUUUCCCAGCUUCUAUGGGUAUUUCCUUUUAGUCUUCCAGCACACACAGAAGAAUGCGGCCUGACUCAGGUUCUGCCCAAACCCCGUGGCAUGAGGCCCACCUGGAGAGAGAGGUCUGGGUAACUAGAACCCAGAAGUACCAUGGCUUCUGACCUAGAGAGUAGCCUCACCUCCAUAGACUGGCUCCCCCAGCUGACCCUCCGAGCUACCAUUGAGAAGCUGGGAAGUGCCUCCCAGGCUGGGCCUCCCGGGAGCAGCCGCAAGUGUUCACCAGGCUCACCCACAGAUCCUAAUGCCACCCUUAGCAAAGACGAGGCAGCAGUUCACCAGGACGGCAAGCCACGAUACAGCUAUGCCACCCUCAUCACCUAUGCCAUCAACUCCUCUCCAGCCAAGAAGAUGACCCUCAGCGAGAUUUACCGCUGGAUCUGUGAUAACUUCCCCUAUUAUAAGAAUGCUGGCAUUGGUUGGAAGAAUUCAAUACGGCACAACCUGUCUCUCAACAAGUGCUUCCGGAAGGUGCCCAGACCUCGAGAUGACCCCGGGAAGGGUUCCUACUGGACAAUUGACACCUGCCCUGACAUUUCCCGAAAGAGAAGACAUCCUCCAGAUGAUGAUCUGUCCCAAGACUCACCAGAACAGGAGGCAAGCAAGAGCCCACGGGGAGGCAUUCCAGGGAGUGGAGAAGCCUCGCUGCCUCCCGAGGGGAAUCCUCAGAUGUCACUUCAGAGUCCCACAUCUAUUGCUAGCUACAGCCAAGGCACAGGAUCUGUGGAUGACGGAGCAGUGGCAGCAGGGGCUUCAGGCCGAGAAAGUGCUGAGGGUCCUCCUCCCCUCUAUAACACCAACCAUGACUUUAAAUUCUCCUAUUCAGAGAUCAACUUUCAGGAUCUAAGCUGGUCCUUCCGCAACCUCUAUAAAUCCAUGCUGGAGAAGUCCUCUUCCUCCUCUCAGCACGGCUUUUCGUCUCUCCUGGGGGACAUCCCACCCUCGAACAACUACUACAUGUAUCAGCAGCAGCAGCCACCGCCACCUCAACAACAGCAGCAGCAGCCGCCACCACAGCCACCACCCCAGCAAUCCCAACCACAGCAGCAGCAGGCACCUGCCCAGGGCCCCUCAGCUGUAGGGGGUGCUCCUCCAUUGCACACCCCAAGCCCAGAUGGUUGUACCCCACCAGGGGGAAAGCAAGCUGGGGCAGAAGGCUAUGGGCCUCCCCCUGUGAUGGCCAUGCAUCCACCUCCACUGCAGCAUGGAGGCUACCACCCUCAUCAGCACCAUCCCCACCCCCACCCUACCCAGCAGCCACCACCUCCACAGCCACAGGCACAAGGCCAGGCUCCCAUCAACAGCACUGGCUUUGCCUUUCCUUCUGACUGGUGCUCUAAUAUUGACUCUUUAAAGGAAAGCUUCAAGAUGGUGAAUCGGCUCAACUGGUCCAGCAUUGAGCAGUCACAGUUCUCAGAACUAAUGGAGAGUCUACGACAGGCAGAGCAGAAGAACUGGACCCUCGACCAGCAUCACAUUGCCAAUCUGUGUGACUCCCUCAACCACUUCCUUACUCAGACUGGUCAUGUGACCCCCCAAGGGGGUACCCACCGGCCACCAGCCCCUGCCCGUAUUGCUGACUCUUGUGCCCUCACCAGUGGCAAACAGGAGUCAGCCAUGAGCCAAGUAAACUCUUAUGGGCACCCACAAGCUCCCCACCUCUACCCUGGCCCAUCACCAAUGUACCCAAUCCCCACCCAGGACUCAGCAGGCUACAAUCGCCCAGCACACCAUAUGGUCCCUCGGCCCCCAGUGCCACCUCCUGGUGCCAAUGAGGAGAUCCCUGAUGACUUCGACUGGGACUUGAUCACUUAGUGCAUCACAGAGUGUGGACAUCAGCCCAGGGCCGAGUGGUGAAGUCUGGCAGUGGGGAAAGAGCAACCCCAGCCCUUCCCUUCCCCUCCAUCUGUAUAUAGACAUAUAUCCUCUUUUUGUUCUUUCUCUGUCAGAGAAGCCACCGCAAGAUGCUGCCGAAGAUAACCCCCCUUUCCUGCCUCGUUCUUCUCUUUUCCUUCCUGUUUUUUCCCCAACUCUUUUAUUAUUAUUCUUAUAUUAUUAUUAUUAUUAUUAUUGGUUAUAUACUGUCCGCCGUCCCUACACCAUGGAUCAUGUUCACCUCUUGCUAAUGUAAAAUCAUCAGGCUGGAAGAUGAAGCCACGAUUGCUACAGAGAAAGGUUUCAAAGUCUAGUUUACCUUUUUCUUGGAGAAACUGAAUGCUAAUCCCACCUUUUGGCCCUAAAUUAUUUUUUGUUCCCGUCAGUUUCAGGCCAGGACUGGAGAGGCCACAUGAUCAAAUAGAAAGGGUCUGAAACAUUACUUGGCAGCCAAGAAUUUGGAGAUUUUAAAAUGGUGCUAAUUCUGUCCUUUGAGGCCUUCCUUGUCCCUUUAUACUGUCAAUCCUUACUUCUGCCAGUCUGCAUUUCCUAUCAAGGGUAAAAGUGAUGACGGUGGUGCAGGAGGGUGACAAUAAAAUCCUAGUGGAAUUGGGGACCUGGGUUAGAAGAGACGGAAUAUAAGUCAGUGUGAAACUGGGUGUGCUCUGUCAUGGUACAUCAGUGUCCAUUGGCUGAUUUUGAGCCCAUUCUCUGAGAGGAUAGGAUUGGUUUUAGCCCAGACUCUGCUUCUAUGGUAGGGCAUGAGGACAACUAUUCAGCAUUGCUUUAGCUUCUUGGAGAUGAUUCCAACUUAACUAUUUUGGCUUUGAAAAGUAUUUUUCUUUGAAAAUUAAUUGUGGCUCUUAUUUGUAUUUACGGAUUAUCUUCCCAUCCCUGUUUCUCAUUCAGCAAAUAUUAGCUUGUCCUCCUUUGAUUGUUUGCUCAAAUCUUCAACCCAUCUUUUUCUUUCCUCAUUUUUCUGGGAUUCUCAAGAAAGAAAAAGUAACCCGUUAUCACGCUGAGUUUUGUUGUGUCCUAAGACAUGAUGAGAAUCUCUUUCCCACCUCUCAUAGCAGAACCAAACCUUUAGUGUUGGUGGUAGGAGGAUGAGGAGAAGGAAAGGGAGAUGGCAAAGAAAUGGAUAGGGAAUAUUUUAGUUCUUUAAAUAUAUAGGCAGAUGCUUCUCUUAGAAUCCAGAUCAUCUGGCUGAAGCUUUUGCAAGUAGGCUUUUGAGGGGUGAAGGAGAUUGGUGGAGGAGAGUAAAUAAUCUAGAGGCAAGAAUUCAGUGAGGGCCAAGGGGGACCCCCAGAAAAAAGGCAUAGAGCUAACUCAUCUACUUUUACAAGGGGUGGCUAUGAUUUACUGUUGCAAAGUACUCAGUGUAUUUUAAUGUUAAUUGCUGAAUUUUAGUUAUGAGAGGGAAAAACAAUUUUACUUCUGUCCUUAUUUCACUUGCUGAAAAUCUGUGGUACAAAAUGUAUGGAAUAGACAAGGCCACUUUCUUUGUGAUUUCUGCUUUUCAUUCAUGUUAUUUUAUUUACCCAUGAUUUCCGAGAGAUUUGGCUUUCUGCUCUCCUGCUUUUUUCUUUCAUCCACCCCUUUCCUUUUUUUGGAAGGGGGUUAUAUAUGAGAGUUUAUUGAAGAAGUCCAGUGAGGCUGAAGUAAAGAGGCAAGAUAGGGCAGUUAACUAAAGAGCACUUUAUUUCUUUAAAGCCUUGUAAAAAAGAAAUGGGGGUGCGAGUGGCUUGACUCUCCCAUGAUGCUGGCGGGCACUUAGUGGGGUUGAAGUAUGAUAUAAUAUUUCCCUUUGGGGAAAGGAGAAUUUCUCUUAGAGGAUGGCAAAAUGCCUUUGCCCAGUGUCCCUAUUUUAGGCAUCUUUUCCUUCCUUAUUCCUUCCAGUUAAGGUGCGUCCUAGACACAACUUCCCAUCAGCUCUCCCCUUUGCAAAUGAUCACUCCUCUUUUCUAAACCCUUUUCCUGUUCAGACCCAUACAGGAUUUGCAAGGGUGAACUGAUUCAUACAUACAAAUGCCCCUUGUUUAUCUGUGUCUUCUGCAAACUAAUCUCAUGAAGAAUUCUGGUGUGGAGCCAGGGUAGCUGAAGUUUGGGUCUGGGAUGGGAGAUUGGCCAUCAGGCCUCCUGAGAUCCCAGCUCCCUUCCACCAAGCUCAGCCUUGUUUCAUGGCACAGAGCACACCUGACUUCCUUUGGGCCUCAGUUCCUGCCCCCCCACCCCCAGCCCCAUGAAGUGAAAAGAAUACUACUUUUCUUGUUGGUCUAGCAUUGCCAGACCUGAAGUGUAGUCAUAAUUGUUGUAUUGGGUGAUGUUUGCAAAACUGCAGGAGCUCACUGCCUGUAAGAGGAAAUACGAGAGAAAGUGGAGGAGAGGGACACAAGGAGUAAUUAUUUGGUAUAGAUCCACCCAUCCUAGCCUUUCUCUCCUCAGUCCCUGCUCCUCAUGUUUCUGAUUUGGUGAGUCCUUUGUGCCACCACCCAUAAUGCUUUGCAUUGCUGCAUCCUGGGAAGGGGGUGUCCGGUCUCACAAGUUGUUGUCAUUGUUUUUUUGCAUGCUUUCUUAAUAAAAAAAAAAAGAAUGUUUACAGUUUUA